CAAGGACCCUCUCUCAUCCCUGUCCCCACAGCGGGCAUCCAUGAUGUCCAGGCCGACGAUCCCUACCUGAGAUGAAGGUCACCCACAUUUGCAUGCCCCAGGCCCCUGACAAGACCAGGAGAUGGACCACUUUAGUCAAGCUUCCUGGAUUCCCGCCUUCCUCCAUCUUUCAGGCCUGAGAAGGAGGCACCAGGAUGUCGCUAAGAACAUUCCCGAAGCAUCUCCCAGAGACGCGUUCUAAUCGUGGGAAACCCCAAAUCUCAUCCGGAGGAAACCGACCCCACCACUGGACCCGGAUCUCGACCCGCAGCACCAGGAGUCCCGGGCUGGACCUAGGAUGUCAGGCUUGGUGGGCUCGGUACCUCACUCCCGCGCUCCGGGGUGGCCCGCGGACCUCCUCAGCUACCUCCCGUCGUGGGACCAAGAAUUCGUCCCGCCCCCCAGCUAAGCCAGAAGCCAAUCGGACCGGAGAUCUGUAUCUCCUGUACCGCCCUCUUAAAUUUUGACCAAUCGAUAAACGGAAACUAAGCCUGAAAUCCCGCCCACUCUCCGGACUCUCAUCCAAUUAUACCGCGGAUCCUAGGAUCUGCGGAAGCGGAAAGGCGCCAAUGAAGCCUUCGGCUGCAUCGGCGGGGGCGGAGCUAAACUGCCAGCCACACCCCUCUCUGUGACUCUACCUUUGGACUCGGCGCGUUUUAAUGGGAUGGUGUCCCCAGGGGAUCAAAUUUCAGCGUCACAGCUGGGGACUGGCUUCGCGGUCCCUGAUGGGAGAGCAUGAGCAGGUGGCAGACCUGUCCCAGGUUUCUCCGGCUGUGACAGCCCUCACUACACUGGAAGGGCUGGGGGCACUUCCUCAGAAAAGACCUUGGAAUAUACAUUUCACUGGUCCAAGGACCCAGAGCCAGAGACCUCACAGCCGACUGCACCUGAAAACACAGUGACAACUGAAGCCUGGAGGCCAGGGAGAGACUCAGGGUGUCAGUCACAUGGGUCUCCCUCCACCCUUUGCUCAGACUCACAGGAGCCGUGUAAUGGCCAGGAUCUUCCAAAGAGGCAUAACAGCAGCACUAAGGUCUACCCAACCUGGGAAACCCCUUCCUACCACACCUCAAUCUACUGUUGCAGGGCUUCGGGUGGGGGCUGUGGGGCAGAGAGUUCUUGAGAACCCUCACGCCUUGUCUUCAGCACGCAGAACAGCGCCCAGUGCUCAGCCAGGCCUGCUCUAAAAAUGUCUUGAAUGAAUGGAAUGGAUGCCUCAUUGUGUGUCUUAUGAAAGUGAAAGUGUUAGUUGCUCAAUCCUGUCUGACUCUUUGUUACCCCAUGGACUGUAGCCCACCAGGCUCCUGUGUCCAUGGGAUUCUCCAGGCAAGAAUACUGGAGUGGGUUAGCAUUGCAUUCUCCAGGGGAUCUUCCUGACCCAGGGAUUGAACCCAGGUCUCCUACAUUGCAGGCAGAUUCUUGAUCGUCUGAGCACUGGGGAAGCCCAUUAUGUGUCUUAAUGAGGUUCUGUCUGUGAUUGUCUCUGGGUGUGACUGCCUGUGUGUCUGUGACUGUGGUUGUAUGUCUGAGAUGGGCAUGAGCAUGUGCCCUGGGUCUUAUGACUUAGCAUGCAUCUCUGUGUCUGAGGUUGUGUGUCUAUGGUUGUGUUUCGAUGACCGUGUGUGGUUGUGCAUCAGGGGUUGCUGGUGCUCCUUGCAGACAUUGUUGAUGCCGUUUGCCCCUAAAGAAGAGGGCCAUUACCUGAGUCCAAGCCGGAGUGAGUGCUCUGAAGCUGUGUGUUCUCAGGGGCAGCCCCCAUGCCUGCCACACAGAUGCGCUUCUGAGUGUGUUCGGGCUGGGGCAGAGAAGCCCUUGGAGACCAGCUGUUCCAAAACCAAAGUUAAGUCCAACGCGAUGAUUCCCGACUGCCAGAAGCUUCUGAGAUGUGAACUGGAGUCACUCAGGUGUCAGUUACAGGCCCAGACCAAGGCUUUCGAGUUCCUAAACCACUCAGUGACCCUGUUGGAGAAGGAGAGCUGCCUGCAGCAAAUCAAGAUCCAACAGCUGGAAGAGGUGCUGGGCCCCACGAGCCACCAGGGAGACAAGGAAGGGCACAAGUGGGAUGUGGUGGAGGGACGGCAGGAGCUGUAUGAGGCCCUGGCUCAAGGCCUGCAGGGGCUGCAGAAGAGCCUGCAUGACAACGAGGAGGUGCAGCGGGCCCGCACCACCCGCUGCCUGCAGUUGCUGGCCCAGGAGAUCCGGGACAGCAAGAAGUUCCUAUGGGAGGAGCUGGAGCUGGUACGAGAGGAGGUGACCUUCAUUUAUCAGAAGCUCCAGGCACAGGAACAGGAGAUCACGGAGAACCUGGUGAACAUCCAGAAGAUGCAGAAGACACAGGUGAAGUGCCGCAAGGUCCUGACCAAGAUGAAGCAGCAAGGGUACGAGGCAGCCAACUGGCUAGAGACUGAGGAAUUGCCACCAGGAUGCAGUGGUUCCUGGAGGGAUAACCUCCAAAAGGAGCUGGGUGACAUAUGGUCGGCUGUGCAUGUGCUGCAGAACUCCUUUGAUGGCCUCACCAUAUCCUCAGGGGGCCGCCCCAGGGCCGCAAACCUCAGGGGCUAUAAGGGACACAGAUGCCUGAGCCCUCCUCUCCCCAGCUGGGACUCGGACUCAGACACGGACCAGGGCCCUCCCCGGCUCCUGCUCAGCAAGAGCCGCAGCUCCUUCCCACCUGCCUGAGCAGCCGGGACUGCUCUCCCUUGAAGACUCCUCCAGAAAGAAAAUAAACUAGCUGAGACCUUCCUCCCCCUGU